AUGACCGUAUGUCAUAUUUUUGUUAUAGGAUUGCUGGAUGUUUUUACACCUGCAACAUCAAUAGAAAACUUUAACGAAGUGUAUCUUGUGACAAAUUUAAUGGGUGCUGACCUGAAUAACAUUGUGAAGUGCCAGAAGUUAACAGAUGACCAUAUACAGUUUCUCAUCUAUCAGUUGCUUCGAGGUCUUAAGUAUAUUCACUCAGCUGGAAUCAUUCAUCGGGACCUGAAGCCCAGUAACCUAGCUGUAAAUGAAGACUGUGAAUUGAGGAUUUUAGACUUUGGUUUAGCUCGACAAACUGAUGAUGAAAUGACUGGAUACGUUGCAACAAGAUGGUACAGAGCUCCGGAAAUUAUGUUAAAUUGGAUGCACUACAAUCAGACAGUUGACAUCUGGUCAGUUGGAUGCAUCAUGGCAGAGCUAUUGAAAGGGAAGGCCCUAUUUCCAGGAAAUGACUAUAUUGAUCAACUAAAGAGAAUAAUGGAAAUUGUGGGCACACCCAGUUCUGAACUUCUGAAGAAGAUCUCAUCAGAACAUGCAAGAAAAUACAUUGAAUCUCUUCCACAUAUGCCUCAACAGGAUUUAAAAGCAGUGUUCCGCGGUGCCAACCCGUUAGCUGUAGAUCUUCUUGAGAAGAUGCUUAUAUUAGACAGCGAUAAGAGAAUUACAGCCUCAGAAGCACUUGCCCAUCCAUACUUUGUACAGUAUCAUGAUCCGGAUGAUGAACCUGAGGCAGAGCUGUAUGAUGAGUCAAUAGAGAAUAAGGAGCGAAACAUAGAUGAAUGGAAAGAACUUACCUAUGAAGAAGUGAUUAGCUUUAAGCCCCCUGACUUAAAAAUGGAUAGCCUGGAGAUAGAACAGUGAAUACAGGCAGCUCUGUCUUGCCUUGCUGCACUAUGAAGACUGUUAAAAUAUAACCAUACAAUUUCAUCUGUGGUCAGACAUAGAUUUGCUAUCCAAAGAUGUUGGAGAAGACGUGGAAAAGCAGAUCAUUACAUACAGAAGCCAGAUGUUGUCUGGCUUGAGUGGGGGUUUUUUGCCUUGUAAUAAGAAUGUAUUCCCAACUCACGAACGCUGACAAAGAACUACUUCAUCCUGACAAAAUUAUGCACUGAGUUCUGUCGAGCUGUGUGUUCCGCAUGUUCCAUUUUAUCCGUUGUAUUGCCAAAAUAAAGGUGACAUUUUAAAUUAAUUUUAAAAUUGUACAUUUAAAGCAUGAAUGUAUCAAACAUAAACAUAGAUGUUCAUACAAGCAUUCUGGGUUUUUUCUG